UCGCUACCGAUAUACCGAGUUACUCCCCGUUACUCCGCUCUUCAGUAUCGAUGGGUAGUUCCGGUUCGAUUGGCUCUGCUGUAAACAAACUACGUUCAGUGUAUUCAGUCAAAUAUAACGAACUACAAGGUCAAUCCAUGUAUGGGUGGUGGACGUCGAUAUUGCGUUUUGUGUUCGCACUACCAGGGCCAAGUCACUGAAAACAAUGAAAAAAUUACCUUGCACAGAAUUCCAGCAGGGUCAAGUGAAAGUGAUAAGAAAAGAAGGGAAAGCUGGGUUCAGCGCAUCAGAUUCAUUCGCCCAAAUGCUCCUAUCUCAGACAAUACUAGAAUAUGCAAUUUACAUUUUGAUAAUAACAUCUGUACUAAAUCAUCAGUGCCUACUAAACUGAACCUAAAAUAUGCAAAACCAGAAACUCAACGUAGACCCCUGGUGCGAAUAUCUCCAGUAAAUAAAACUUUACCACCAAUUAAGGAAGAUGAAAACCAUGAUCCUGACACACAACAUGAACAAAUAAGUGCAAAUACAAGUAGAUCUAACAGCAGCUGUGAAGCUCAAAUACAGGUUGGUUCAUCAGAUGUUAAAUUAACAUGUACUGCUGAAAUCCAAGCUCAGUUUCCAUUGAUGAAACCUGAAGAUAUAUUCCAAAAUGAUGACAAAACUAGAUUUUACACUGGUUUUCCGAAUUACAAGACAUUUAAAUUAAUGUUUGAUGUACUAAUGAAACAUGGCGGAGAUAGAUUAACAUACUGGGAAGGGGAAUUGCGCUCUAUAGAUGGUGACAAUAGGAAGUACAAUGACCCAAAUUUUUUUAAACCUGGAAGGAAAAGAAAAUUGAGACCCAUCGACGAAUUUUAUAUGGUUUGUCUAAGGCUAAGACUAGGCAUGCUGCAGGAACAUUUGGCUGAUAUGUUUUUUGUGUCAGUCAUGACUGUUUCAAGAAUUCUAAAUACUUGGUUAAAUUUCAUGUAUGACCAUUACAAGGGGAUGAUACCUUGGCCAACAAGGGAGCAAAUUUUAGCAAAUUUACCAAAGGCAUUUGUUGAAAUGCAAACUGUGAGAAUUGUUAUUGAUGCCACAGAAUUUUUUUGUGAAAAACCAGGAAAUUUGACAGCACAAUAUUUAACUUGGAGUGAGUACAAACAUCAUAACACAUUUAAAGUAUUAAUAGGUGUUGCAUCAAAUGGUUUAGUUACAUUUGUGUCAAGAGUCUGGGGUGGUCAUACAUCUGAUCGUCAUAUUGUGCAGAAAGAUGGAGACUUACUACUACCACAUCUUCAAAGUGACGACAUUAUUUUAGCCGACAAAGGCUUCACAAUUGCCGACUUGCUACCAUGUGAUAUUGGACUAAACAUGCCACCAUUUGUGUCCUCAUCAAAGCAGAUGACAGCAGAUGAAUUCUUCAAAACUCAACAGAUUGCUCAGCCAAGAAUUGUUGUUGAGAUGAAGAUGGAGCAAAUAAAAAACUUUAAAAUAUUACAGACUAUUUUGCCUCUCUCCGAAGCACAUCUUGCAGAGCAGAUUAUUUUAAUUUGUACUGCCAUGACAAACUUGUAUGAACCACUGCUUAGAUGAGUUGUUUGAAUCAUUCAUAAACUUAUUAAAACAAUACUGUGUAUAACUCAUAUAGUGCUAAUGCUUUUGUGAUUUAAUAAACUGGUAAUAUCA